AUGGAUGAGGCACGGAAAGGGAAGACUAUCAAGUCUGCCUUUGACAGCCCUACAUUUGAUACAGAUGUUACUAUACUUGUUGAACGUAAUGUAGGGUCCGCAACGAUAUCCCCCUCCGGGAGGGAUAUUGCUCUUGCUUCCACUGAUGGGCUCGAUAUAAUUGACCUCGAUUCUCCUCUGAACCCUCCCCGCCAUCUGCGACAUGGACUUCCCUGGCUUGUAGCAGAUGUACAAUGGUCCCCUUUUGCAGCGAGAGACUAUUGGGUGGUCAGCACCGCAAACCAGAAGGCGCUGGUAUGGAACCUGAAUAUGCAAGAGGAUACAUCACAAGGCGCGAUCGAACAUACGCUUCACGGUCAUACGAGAGCUAUCACGGAUAUCAACUUCUCGGCUCAUCACCCAGAUUUGCUCGCAUCGUGUGCGGUCGACGGAUUUGUACACGAAUGGGAUUUGCGCAGGCCCAGACGGCCUGCCAUUACGUUUUGCGAUUGGUUCGCAGGGGCAACCCAAGUCAAAUACAACCGCCAAGAUUCUCAUAUUCUAGCUUCAUCUCAUGAUCGUUGGCUGAGGAUCUGGGAUGAUCGAAAGGGGUCAACACCGUUGAGAUCGAUAAAUGCACACGAGUCAAAGAUAUAUGGCGUGGACUGGAACCGAACUAGGACAACAAAAAUUGUGACCUGCUCUCUAGACAAGAGCAUCAAGUUUUGGGACUACGAAAACGACGUAGAUGAACCCGAACGUAUCAUAAGGACUGAUUUUCCAGUCUGGCGAGCUCGGCAUACUCCUUUUGGGUGGGGCGUGCUAGCUAUGCCACAGGAUACUCCCGGAAUUCUGCACCUGUAUGACCAACGACUUCAGGAGGAUGCUAUCAAAGACGGACCUUCUCCAAGUGUUGCUACAUUUCCGGGACAUGGCAAUUCGCGGGUUAAAGAAUUCUUGUGGAGGAGUCGAGGAGGGGUUACAGACGAGGGCGUCGACAAUCGUGAAUUCCAACUAGUCUCUUGGGGGGAUGAUAAUCAUUUACGACUUCAGCACGUCGAUCCACAAACACUCGACGGAGUUGGUUAUGUGAAAGGCACUCGGGUCCUCCAGAAACUAAGUUUGACUCGCCAGGGUGCCGUGUAUAAGACGUUUCGCACUGUUGAAAAUUCCUCUAUUGAGAAGAAAAACUCUACAAUAUCGGGCCCCCGACCUGCAAGUUCCGGCUUGAAGGUCAGUGCAUUGAAGGUGGUGGGAAUGAAGAAAAUGGCUUUACCUCGGAAUAGUCGAACCCAUAUGAUGGUUCGAGCUCCUGCGAUAACAGGCAAAGACAAAUCUCUCAAGCACGACGACCAAAACCAAAACCAAAUUGGUUGGAUGAGUGGAAUCAAAUUCAGCAAGCCGGAGAAUAGAAGUGCUUCACAACUACGACCUUCAUCGAGAAGAUUUUCCCUUCUGAAUCCCGAACUCACAGACGAAGAGGAUUGGGACCCCCCGGAGAGCUUGCAUGAUGAGAUUAUCCGCAUUCAUGAACAACUGCCCAAAAUUACUUUCGACGAUGUGAACAUGGACACAAGGACCUUGGUCGCGUCGAUGAAUGGGCCGUGGGGAGAGGACGGCAAUCCUAUUUAUACUAAAGUCACCGUGGCAUUCCCAGACCAGUAUCCCGAAUCGAAAGCCCCAACCUUUACCAUAGGCAAGACAUCACUCAUGUCAGAUGCGGUAUACGAAAAAUUGAAACGGGAAGUACAACAAAUAUCUGCAGGUUUUGUGGCGCGGAGGCGAGGAUGUCUGGAAGCCACCCUUUGUUAUCUCCUAGGCGAAGUUGAUCUUGAGACAAGUACAACGUUCUUCAAAGAUGAUACUGAUGACGACUUGGAUGCUCUUGCCGACGAGAGUUCAAGUGAUGACGACGAUGGUGACAUCCCAGCCGGUGCUUCAGCGAUGAUGUCUCAAGAACUAGACUCGAGUGUAGACAUGCUUCCCCCAAUAAAUCGCAAUGCGAAUGUUCCAUUACCAAGGUUUUGCGGGGCUCGGUUUUCAGCAACCGGCAAGCUAGUUUGUUUCUUCCCACCUAAAGAAGACAAGGUCAAGUCGCUUCUGGAGACCUUCGUUGCAAAGAAUAAUGCGCGUUCGCGUGGGGAACCCAGCUUUGAAAACUUUGGCCGUCUAAACAACAAUACCUCGCCUAUCCCCCGAAUCAAAGCGAUGUCUCUUGCAUCAGAAAGCAAGUAUGAUUCUGAUGAAUCUGACGAUUCGGAGGCGUCAUCGUCUAGCGAUUCGGACUCCUCUCACUACCGCGUUACCCGUUUCCCAAUGUCUGAUUACUUCCGCCGAUCGGCCCGUCGACCUUGGGCAAGAGCCUCUCCAACUAUACUGUCCCAGCGAUCAAGUGCGGGAGGGACGGGAACUGGAACGGGUACCGGGACGGGAUUAGGCAGGAGUAGACCCUCGAAGCCGAAAAAUAUCAUAGCCGUGCAUGAUAUCUCUGAUCUACUUCCGUCAAAGCAGGUACUCGCUGAUAACUAUGCCAUAUUCGGGGAUGGACCAGAUGUGUGUGAGCAUAAUUCAACUGUUGCUGAAACACAUGGGUUCAGCGAUCUUGCUGACGUCUGGAGAUAUGCCGCUCUGCUAUUGCACAACGAAAUUCCGUUGGAAGUGUUAGAUAAGCUCCAUGACGGCGAACCAGUCCUUGUCAUAGCCCGAGAUGCUAUCAAACGGGAACGAAGCAAUAGUGGAUCUGACAGUGGAGUUGACAUAUCUUUUGAUGCGCAAGGGCGGCCGAACAGUCUGUCGGGACGAGUUAAGUGGGGUCAUAGUCCACUGGCAAAGCAGCUCAUCUGUGAUUUGUUCGCGCAUUUCGAGUCACUGGCAGAUGUCCAGAUGCUAGCAAUGCUUUCAUGCAUAUUCAACGAGCCAGUUUCGAACGAUGUAGUCUCGCGAUCAAAGUCGCAGUUGACCCAGCCUCAAACACCAAUUUCAAUGAAAACUCCAGCGUUCUCACUAGACUAUUUUCCUACGGAUUGGAGCAAGUAUCUCAAGACUCCUAAUCAUUCCGCGGUAUCGACCCCAAAGACAGCCCAUACCCCUUCUGGCUUGUACGGAUCUGUAGGCUCAUCGACAGGAGCUUGGGGAAGCGAUCCAGCAUCGGCAUCCUAUUCUUGUGGAGAAACGCCUCCUCUUCGUUCAAGUCGUACAAGUCUAGAACAUCUUAAUCACCAGCCCCAAAGCUUAUCCACAUCACCAGACAAUUCUCGAGGCUAUCGUCGCGUCAACUCGGGAAUUGCUUCCAGUUUUGCUGCCAGCUUUUCUCGGCCAUUCUCUAUGACAGCACCAUCCUCGCCCCCAAAUCCACCCCCAAGCCGCAAACGGCCAAGUCCUGUAGAAAACCUGAUGAGCUCUAUAGCACCAAGUGUUGUUACUUGGGGAAACACAACAGUUAUAGGCAGUGUAAGGGAACAGACGAAUACUGGAAGGUCAUCCAUGUCCGAUGAUGAAGAUGCAAAGGACGGGUUCAAGCCAACAAUCUGCACUGGCAUCAGCGUAACCAUGGAAAAUCAACAUGCUUUCGAUGACGAAGGAUGCAUAACCGCAGGCCUAUUAGAUCCAAGCGGUUCCUCGCUCUAUGCAGGCUACCGCAGAGCUUACGCUGAGCUUCUCUACAUCUGGGGCCAUCCACUUGCUCGACUAGAAAUACUCAAGUUCAACGGCCUCAAAGACCUAUUCUCUGAAGUGGAUAUCCCAGACACUAGGUCAUUUGCAGGCUCCACGCUCUCCAACGAUACCCACGCGCUGAAUCAUCCAUCUCCUUCAAUAUCUCUAGGCAAGAAAGACCACAGCCAUCCGCUAUCGCCAGGCUUGGAUCAUGGUCUCGAUGUAACCGGGUAUUGCCUCAAAGAUGAAUGCCGUCUCGAACCACUAGGUCCAAGUAAUGGGGGCGGCGCUAUCGGUCGCUGUGAAAAAUGCAAAACCACCCAACGUGAGCUCCGUUGCAUCAUUUGCUUGGAACCUAUCAGCGCGCUGUUUUCACCUUGUCUUCAUUGCAACUGCGCAACUCAUCAAGACUGUCUACUCGAGUAUCACUCUUAUGGCAACACCGAAUGCCCAGGCGGAUGCGACUGCGAUUGUGGUGACAAGGCAAGCAUUGGCCUAAUUGAAAGCUGGGGGGUUCUGACGAGUGCUAUUGAGCAAAUGAGACUUUUGGAUGCACAGAGUUCGGGAAAGGAGAAGGAGCUGCUGCAUGAAUGGGGCGGAGAGGAAAAGAGCGAUUGGGAUACUCUUGAUGCUCCUGGUGGCGGGAUGGGACGGGGUUACUCUACUUUGAGUAAGAGAUUUGUUGGCGUUCGAAAUGGGGACUGGGGCAUACCUAGUGGGAAGAAGAAGGCUAGUAGCCUGAGGAACGAAGAAUUGUUUUGA